AUGCGCCAGAGAUGGAACGAUCCACGCCUUGCUUUCCAUGGAAAUCAUACAAUCAGUUUGAAUAACAAACUUGUGGAGAAGAUAUGGGUGCCGGAUUUGUACUUCAUUAAUGAAAAAGACGGGAAAUUCCACUCGAUUACCGUAGAUAACAAACUCCUACGCAUCUCACCAAAUGGAGAUGUGCUGUAUAGUAUGAGAUUAACGCUAACUUUAGCAUGUUAUAUGAAUUUACAAAACUAUCCAAUGGAUCAACAGGUCUGUGAAAUGCUGUUAGAAAGUUAUGGAUUCACCACCGAACACGUAAUUUUCGAUUGGGCCCCAGGAACGGCGGUCUCGUUAAACCAGAACCUGAAAAUGCCACAGUUCGAGAUUAUCAAUAUAGUAGAGACAAGUACUACUAAUCCAUAUACAACAGGUAAUUACACACUAUUGGUUGUACAGUUUACACUACGCCGCUUGAUGGCGUUUUACAUUCUUCAGACGUAUAUCCCUAGCAUAUUACUGGUGGUUUUGUCUUGGGUGUCAUUCUGGAUCAGCGCCGACGCAGCGCCCGCUCGUGUUGGUCUUGGAAUUACCACCGUUCUUACUAUGACGACACAGAGUUCUGGCAUUCUUGCGUCGUUGCCAAGGGUGUCGUACAUCAAAGCCAUUGACGUGUGGAUGACCACUUGCCUAGUCUUUGUAUUCGGUGCAUUGCUGGAGUUUGCACUUGUCAACUUCCUGGUCACGGAGGCAAAAGCGUCUGAAAAACGACGAAAAAGGGAGGAAAAGAUGAAGGGUGAACGAAGAUAUUCAGUUCGAACUACGGAUGGGACAACAAUCCCCCACAAGGAGUCGGAACAGUCGGAAUCACCGUGUGUUGGAAUAUUAAAAGCAUGUCUUGGAGGACCGCAGUUUAGCAAGAGCCAACUGAUGAAACCUAAAAACAGGGUACAUUGGACGUUACAGGCUGAGAAGAUUGACAGUCUCGCCAGAAUGGCAUUUCCAUUGUCGUUUAUAUUGUUUAAUGCUGUCUAUUGGCCGACAUAUCUGACCAAUAGUCCUUAG